CUCAGACCCCCAGACCUCCGAUUGCGGUUUCUCGACGGUAGGACCUGUGAUGCUGCAGCAUUCCUGCAGUAUAGCAUCUGGAAUAUCACAAAUCUGGGGAUAUACGAGGGGCGCGACAUCUUUCCACGCGAAACAUGUCUUCUGCACAUCUACCUGAAUGUCCGAUCCCCAUCUUCACCACCGUUGCCUCGUAUCGAGAAUGGAGGAGAAAGGCCUUUGAUGCAAAGCAGACGGUCGGGUUCGUGGCGACGAUGGGAGCACUGCACGAGGGGCACCUGGCACUAGUGAAGAGAUCAUUAGCUGCCAAUGAUCUCACUGUUUUAUCCAUUUUUGUGAAUCCCGCACAAUUUGCGCCUCAUGAAGACCUCGCGACAUACCCUAGCACCCUUCCCCGCGACUUGGAAUCACUCUCGGCCAUGUCUCUUCAAGUCAAGGUACAGGGGAGCAAUGAGCCUCUGACUCGGACUCCUUCGGCAGUCUUUCUCCCGACGGUGUCGGAGAUGUAUCCCUCCGGGAUCUCGCAAGAUGUUUCGCUACAGAAGGGAACAUUCGUGGAAGUCAAGGGCUACGGACACCAGAUGGAAGGACAAAGCAGGCCCACAUUUUUACGUGGUGUCGCCACUGUUGUGACGAAACUUUUCAAUGCCGUUGAGCCGACCCAGACAUAUUUCGGUCAGAAGGACAUACAGCAGGCGCUGCUUUUACGCCGCAUGACAAGAGAUAUGUUGCUGUCUCAUCCCUCGCCUGACAAGCUCCACAUUGUCCCGACCGUCCGUGACCCUGCAUCCUCAGUCGCGUUGUCAUCCCGCAAUGCUUACCUCACGCCGCGCGAGCGUGAAGUGGCUGCACCAGUUCUCCAUGCAGCGUUGCAAAUCGGAAAAAGCGCGUGGCAAGAUGGGGCAAGCAAGCAGGAUUGCGUUCGCCAGGCUUGUGCCCUCAUAAUGGACAUGGCAGAGAAGCUCAACGCAUUCGACAAUGAAGAGAAGAUCAAUGUCCGAUUGGACUAUGUCGAGAUGAAUGACACGGAGAGCUUUGACGUGCUUCCGGACAACAUUUCACGGGUGCAAUGGGAUUUAGAGGGUUCAGAGCGCGAGGGUCGGCCUGUCAUCCUCAGUGGUGCGAUGUGGGUCGGACGGACUAGGCUGAUUGACAACAUCAUAUUAGGGGACACACGAAAGCUAGGAAUAAUCGAAUAGACAUUGUGGGUUUGGCAGUCUAUGAUCACGCUAUUGAUAGCGUCUCGGGGCUCGUCGGCAUCGACGGACUUCGAUGUUCGAAAUCUGCUCCUUCGUCAAAGUGACCGUGGGCGUGUAAUUAACCGGUGCCGAAGGGGUUGUCGCAAAACAGAUGCUUGACAGGACCAUUGUUAUCCUCUCCAUGCCGUCAGAUUCAGAAAUCCGACUGCGCGGAUGCGGGACGAGCCGCCUGAUGCUCUCGUCGCCGAAGAAGUCGACGAGGUGCUCGAGCUCCA